UACCUGUUGCGCACGAUUCUCUCUGCUCUUUCGUCUUUUUUUCUUGUUUUUUUCAAUGUUUUGUGUUUUUAUUUAUUAAUUUAUUGUUUUUUCGUUUUCAUUCCCUUCGUGUUCUUGUUUUUUUUUGUUUUUCUUGUUGUUGUUGUUCUUGUUCUACUACUACUACUACUGCUACUACUACUACUACUACUACUACUACUACUACUACUACUACUUUUCUUCUUCCUUUCCAGUGACAAGACAGAUUAAUGAAAAAAAAAAUAAUGGUGAUAUUUUUGAAGCUUUAGUGAACUUUGGAAAAAAAUAAAAAGAAAAUUGUAUGUUUUUUUUAUGACGUGAGCGAAAAAAAAAGAAUUAUUAUCAUUGUUGUUAUUGUUAUUUUUAUUAUUUUUUUUUCCUUUUCUCCUCUCUUCGCAAUUGGCAAGGAAGGAAAUAAGACAUUUUUGGAACCAAGACGAAGAAGGGAGAGAGAGAGAGAGAGAGAGAGAGAGAGAGAGAGAGAGAGAGAGAGAGAGAGAGAGAGAGAGAGAGAGAGAGAGAGAGAGAGAAAGAGUAUUUUUAUAAGUGCAUUUAAAAUCUAUUGACAAGUUAGUGAUGAUAAUUAUUUAAGUGUAAAGUGACAAGAUGAUACUUAUAAGACGGAUGACUGAUGUACUGAAGUGAAUCUUUUAAGUAUUAGUAGUAAUGACUGUAGUGGUAGUAGUAGUGUGAAGUGUGUGUGUGUGUGUGUGUGUGUGUGUUUGUGUGUAUUUGUUUGUAUGUGUGUGUGUUUAAGUUGGUUUAAGUGUACUACAACAAAAACUACUACUACUACUACUACUACUACUACUACUACUACUACUACUACUACCACAAGGACAUUCCAAGAUUCUAUAGAUGAUGCGAUUGUGGGAUCAGAUUCUCUUCUUGAUCCUCUCCUCCUCCUUAUGAUGUCCCGGGGAGCGCCACCAGCGUCUCUUGGGCACUGUGAGGUCGUCUAUUGAAGGCCGAGUCUAGACAAAAUACUGUUCUGUGAUUGGCUGAGGCUUCCCCGCGAGGACCAAUGGGAAGACAGGGCCAAGGGGGGCUGCUCUCCCUCUCCUGUGUGUUGUACGUCCUUGCCACAGUAACAGGCGUGCAGAUAACCAGCUUGUCAGUGCCUGCGGUGGUGAUGAGCGGGGACAGAGCCAAGCUGACCUGCGCCUUCCGCCUGGCCCAGGGUGACCGCCUGUACUCCCUCACCUGGUGGAAGGACGGCACCAUGUUUUAUAAGUACCUCAGUGCCAGCCCCACCCCUGUCACCACUUACGAGGCGCCGGGGAUUGCUGUGGAUGUGUCCGCGUCUAGUCUGGAGCAAGUGGUGCUGUCACGGGUUGAUCACAGAGCCUCGGGUACCCUGCGCUGUGAGGUGUUGACUGACAUCUUCUUCGAGCAGGUCACCAGGGAUGCCAACCUCACUGUUGUAGACCCUCCUUCCCGCGGCCCAGUCAUAACAGGCAGGAAGGAGAGCUAUCGAAUUGGGGACCUGCUUCUGUUAAACUGCACGGCUGGGCACUCCUUCCCCGCUACCUCCCUCGCGUGGGCCAUCAACGGAGAGAAGGCGUCCCACGAAACAGUGGUGCAGUACCCUGGUCACACGGACUCCCAGGGCUGCACGGCUUCCUGGUCCGGGCUUCAGAUGGUCCUAAGGCACGCCCACUUCCGCAAGGGCGUGCUCUCUCUCACGUGCACGGCGUCAAUAGCGCACGUGUACCGCAAGUCGACGCAGGUGGUGGUGGCAGACCCCAGCUACCGCCCCCCGUACUUGCCGCCGCUAGAGGGGGCUUCCACGGGCGGUGGGUCGUCUGUUCACCAGCGCGCCGCCACCACCACCACCGCUACUACCGCAUCUGCUGCUACCUGUCUACAUCUACUGUGUCUGUCUGUCUGUCUGUCUGUUUUACACGUUGCUUCCGGUGUCUCGCUAAGUGUGUGUUAAGUGACUACAACUACUACUACUACUACUGCUGCUGCUGCUAGUACAACAACAACAAUUACUUCUACCGUACUACAACAACAGUUACUACUACUACUACUACAGCAACAACAGUUACUUCUACUACUACUACUACUACUACUACAGCAACAACUAGAACAACUACUACUACUACUCUCUCUCUCUCUCUCUCUCUCUCUCUCUCUCUCUCUCUCUCUCUCUCUCUCUCUUUCUUUCUCAUAUUUUUCAUAACAAUUAGCUUUACUGACACACACACACACACACACACACACACACACACAUACACAUUUGUCUAAGCGUGCGUAUGUUUCCCCUGUGUAAAUAUAUAUAUAAAAAAAAAGAAAAUGAAUAUAAAAAAAAUGCGUCUAUUAAUAAAAUGUGAAGGAUUUGUCUUGUAUUUCCAUGUCAACAGAGAGAGAAAUGAGAUGUUUGCACACACACACACACACACACACACACGCGCGAGGUGAUAAAGGAAGGAGUGAAGGAUCUCUCUCUCUCUCUCUCUCUCUCUCUCUCUCUCUCUCUCUCUCUCUCUCUCUCUCUCUCUUACCACAAACGAAAUAAAAAAAAAACAAGAACGAUAUAAAACACGAAAAAAUGAAGAAAACAUAAAAACACAUAAAAUACAUAUGAAAAGAAAAGAAAAGAGGUAAAUGUGAAAGCGGAACUAGAGAAUAAGAAAUAGAAAUGAGAGAAGCAAACAAAUAAAACAACAAAAAAUAUGUAGAAAAGAAACAUGAAAAAAAACAUUUAUAAAACAAUAAACACUAAUAAAAACGAGGUAGAUAAAAUAAAACAGCUCAGCAUAUAGAACAGAACCAAAGAAGAAGAGAUGACGUAAACAUUGUCAAAGAAAACGAGUGACAGCAUGGCGGGUUGGGGUUAAAGUGCCGGGGACCUGCAUACAUUUCUCCUUAUUUCUCCUUCCUCCUUCACUCAGCAGCAGCAGAAGGACAAGCAGUACACAAGUAAGAACACAAGGGUUGGAGCAGGAAGCCAUCAGACCUACACGUGGCAGUCCCUGUAUGAAACACACCUGCCUAUUUUUCCACCUGACCACCUCAUCCAUACGAGGGGCUGAAGGACAAGACAAUGCUACACAAGUCUUGACAUGUUCCCAAUGUGCCGAUAAGGUGGUCAAGGAUUGGCAGCAGGAAAGUGCCUGUGUGUUUGUUUGACUCCCUUGUGUCCUUUGCCUCUGUCACUAUUAAUGGCGUCUAUCUGUCACUUAUCCUUACAAAGUCUUACAUCUCUCUCGUUUUGAAUUCAGAGAUCUUUGUCAUCUAGUUUACAUGCUCUCUCUCUCUCUCUCUCUCUCUCUCUCUCUCUCUCUCUCUCUCUCUCUCUCUCUCUCUCUCUCUCUCUCUCUCUCUCUCUCUCUCUCUCUC